AUGCUCCUGAGAUGGAGAGGCUACCCUAAUAUCCGAAGAGUAUCGCGAGAAGGUAGUCAUUCCGAAAGCGAGCAGGAGACAAGAGACCACAUUCACGACCAAGAUGAUAGCGAAGCAAUCCCAGAAUGCCAGCCCAUAACAACCCCGACCAUGCUUGUAUUUACCGUAGUAACUCUAUGUCCGAGGACUUUGGUCGCCUUUUUGGGAGGUCUUCUGUCACCGCUUUUGGAGUCACUUGCACCCAAUCUUUUCUCGCCUAGUUAUCAAAGAACUAAAGAUGCCGCUGACCACCGAUCAACGCAAUGGUGGUCGAAGAAGUAUACCGAACUAAGCAGGCCUUCGAUUGGAGACAUGUGCUAUUUGAGCCACCAAAGAGGUGAACUGAAUCCCUUACUCGGGAAUCAAAUCGACUUCGAUCCAAGAGAACGCACCCUCGCAGGCCGCCUGUCGACAUCACCAUUACUCCUAGACCUCCGAAGCGAAGCUCUCUUUGGUCACUUUGAAGAUGAAAUAAAAUUGAAGACGAAAUUCAAGAUGAUGGAGAGAUGGGGUGAGGAAGAUGCUGAGAAUCAACAAGCAGGGGAAGCAGACGGUGGAGAUGGUAUACUAGAGGUAGCGAAAUCGUUAGCCGAUAGCGGUAGACAAUCUUGCCCCUUAACGAAGCACCGUGAUAGCGGAAUUCUAAAGGAUUCUGAACAGGCAUGUCGAAAGAAUUCCGCAAAGUCAACGUCUAAGAGCGGGUUGGUAUCAGCAGAAGAAGGCUCUACAAUUGUUGAAGGUCAACUAGAGAGUAUUGGUGAGACCGGAAAGUGUGAUUUUAAUGGACAGCAAAACUACUUGAAGAUGACCAAUGUUGGGAUGUGUUUGACAGAUAUGAUCAUGAAUAUGUAA